GAGUCGACGGCAGGCGGCCGCAGGGAGCAGGACUGCGCCCGGACGCUCCGCCCCCCGCCGCGGCCCUCGGGCGUCCUUCCGCCCAGCUCCCCGAGCCUUCACCUCCGCGCCGCUGGGGCGGCCUGCGUCCAUCCAGCAGCUAGCGACCGUGGGCCAUGGCCGCCGCGGGGAGUUCCCGGCUCCUGCGUAUCGCCUCCGCGGCCCUGGGUGGCUCGGUCCGCCGCCCACUGCUCCUCGCCGGACCCCAUGCGGGGACCAGCGGCCUGCCGGGGAACCCGGGGCCGGGCCUGGGCGGCGGCGCGUGGGCAAGCCGGCCGCUGAGCGUGUCGGCGCGGAGCAGCUCAGAAGAUAAGAUAACAGUCCACUUUAUAAACAAUGAUGGUGUAAAAUUAACAACCAAAGGAAAAGUUGGUGACUCUCUUCUAGAUGUUGUGGUUGAAAAUAAUCUAGAUAUUGAUGGUUUUGGUGCUUGUGAGGGAACCUUGGCUUGCUCUACUUGUCACCUCAUCUUUGAAGAUCACAUAUAUGAGAAGUUAGAAGCAAUCACUGAUGAGGAGAAUGACAUGCUUGAUCUGGCUUAUGGGCUCACAGACAGAUCACGGUUGGGCUGCCAAAUCUGUUUGACCAAAUCUAUGGACAAUAUGACUGUUCGAGUACCUGAGGCCGUGGCUGAUGCCAGACAAUCUAUUGAUGUGGGCAAGAAUUCCUAAACUACCAUAAGAAGAAAUAUUUUUGUGAAAUUUUACCUAUUUUUAUAAUUUUUAACAUGAUUAAAUGAGAACAUGGUUGAAUGGGUUUAAUCUUAUGACUAGAUUUACCAUUUUACUUCACCUUGUAUAACUACUGAAUUUUGUAGUAUUAAACAUGCGAUUUUUACAUUGGUUAUAAAAAUAUUAGUAAAAUAUUGGAAAAUAGCUGAGAAUGAUGAAAAUCUUAUAUAGUUUACCUUAUUUGUGAUUAGUGACUUAAGCAAAAUGUUACCACAUAAUCUUAUGUCUGCUUAUUUAGAAGGCAGGUUAAGAAAAGCUAUGAUUACCCCUGCUUGAUGUGGGUGAAGGCAGAGAUCUAAAAUGGCUUGUCCAGGAUGAUAUGACUAACUAGGAAAUUUGUACUGGAACCUGCAUCUUAUUAAGUUAGUUUUAUGUUCAGAUUGAUACUGGAGAAAUUAUGAACAUCUUACUUUCAGCACUAAUUAAAUGUAAAUGUAUGUGAAAGAAUAUUCAGUGAAUUGCUUAAUUUCCAAGAUAGCUAUUAACUUUAUAAAUAAAUAUUUCAAAAUUUUAUUCAAUGAGAAAUGUUUAGUAUUUACUUAGACAUUAUGACACUGUCAAGUUGAUGUCUGUUCUAACUAAACCAUCUUUUCUAUUUCAAGCAAAACAAACUGUCUUAGCAAUCUUUCGAAAAUAAUGUUAAUUUAUAGGUUGAUUCUUAGAAUGGAAAUCUUGUGAGCCAGAGGACAUGAGCAGGCUUCCGCAUCCCACUGCCCAGGAGGCGCCAUUCUUCUCACUUCAAUGUCUGCAGCCUGGGUAGCAUAGCAUAUGCUACAGUCCCAGAAAUGAAGGAAUAUCUUACCAAUUAUAUAUGGAAGAUAUUUGUAUCCUUAUCUUUGCUAUAAAUAAAUUCAUUAAAGGUAA